AUGCAAACAAUUUAUACUGUGGCUCAACGUUCGUAUCCAAAAUCCUUCAAUAGUUUAACAGACGGUUAUUUAGUGCCACGGCGCAUUUUCGUCGUUUGGCGAUUGAACUCUCCGGUGACAGUUCGUAAGUGUUUUCACGUAUAUGAUUUGUAUUAUUGUUAAUAUUUUGUAGGUUAUGAAUGGACCGAAGAAGCUUAUGGUUUUACAAAGAUCUUUGCGAAACUUUUUUUACCAAAAGACUUGUCCCGGUUUUUAAAUGCAGCACGUUAUCUGAAAGAAAAUCGGAGUAAUUUUAUGUAUAUAGUGUCUGUAAGCAACGGUUAACCGUAUACAAAUAUCGCUAACGAAAAGAAAAACGAUUCUGAGCGGAGUUCGGUUGAUAGCGGUGUUAAUUUUUUAACAAUACAUUAUAAUAAUAUGCCGUACUAUGGUUAAAUAAUCACGCAUAUUACAUGGCAUCGCACGUUUGUUGUUUUUUCUAACAAUACAAUUUGUUCUAUUAUAUUUGUACUUGAGUUUUUCCUGCGUUUUUUUUUUUUUUUUUUCGGUUUUUCCAAUUUGUUUUAAAUACGUAAACGCCCGGAGGACAGUGGUGAGAGAACAAUAAUUGGCGCGCGGUUCAAUUACGAAUGAUGAGUAGAGGUACAGGCUAUGCACGGAUAGGUCGACUCUGUGGCGGCCGUAAGACCGGCGGUGUGGCGAGCUGGAACGGAGGAGAGGGGGCGAUUCGGGGUGUAGUGCCGUCGAGGAGGAGAGGAUACGCGAUCCGGCCGCGAGGCAGGGAGAGCUUUUGGGAGACUCGCGAGAAAAACGUCCUCCGCGGUAAAGCGCGGGGUCCGGUCCGGUUUCGUCGCGGGAAAAGCGCCGUCGUCGUGACGCCGGAGCGGCACUGCCGGCGCGGAAGAGUCGUCCGCGGGGGGGAGGGGGGAAGAAAAGGAAAAAAACCAACAAACGGACACGUCGUCGCGAAACCGUCGUCACAGCGGGCCGCGGACGACGCGUACCGGGCCACAACGCGCUCACGGCACCGCUCGGAAUCUGAAAUGACAUUCGAAGAACGCGCCGCGGAACGUUCGCGACGCGUAAACCGCGCGCGUGCCGCGUCCCCGCGCGCCCGUGACGGUAUCGGCACGCGGGCGCACUGAUAAUACGCGCGCGCGAAAAAUAAAAAAAUAAAAAAAAAACACGACCGCGUGUUGUUAUAGAACGUACGAGCGCGAGGAGCGGUCCCCGGCGGCCCCCACUCCGCGUACCGUAAUUCACGGGUCUAAAAUCGCGAAUGACACCGGCGAUUGACGUGCCGUUCCGUACCGUCCCGCGGCCCGGAGUCCCGGUUAAAUGCGUUACGGUUGCAAUUCGGAUGAUAACAAUUGGCAGCGCGCGGCGUACCUGCGCCCGUUGCCCCGUGCGCGGCUGACGGUGUUGUAUUUUAUUGUCGCCCGACGACGGCGACCGCAAACCCGCGCGCGGCGCGCCGCGACGCGUCAGACCGAUGCGUACGCGUGUUGUACGCGCGCACGGCACGCAUACGGUCGGGUCGCGGUAAUUCACGCAGCGGCGGCCGCGCGGACGCGGUACCGUUCGACCCGCGACGUCCGAGUGUCGACGGCGGUAUUGUAGAGAGAGAGAGAGCGAUCGAGAAACGAAUUUCGUCCCGCGGGUGGCGUGCGUUUCAAAAUGUAUGUCGUUUCGAGACCUCGAUUGCGAAUUAUGACGCGAACGGUUCGCCAGAUAAGUUGCGAAAUAAUGGCACGGGUUCGGAGUGGUAGAUCUGGACGACGAUUGACGACGACUGUCGUCUCUGAACCGAACGUCGAUUUGACACGCCCGCCAAAAACCGCCUUCUGAAUAACAUAGAGAUAUUGUUGCGCGAAUGUCGAAGAAAACAAAAAUCGCUGUGCGCCAAUAGCCCCGUACAAAACGCAAAGAAAUCCCAAUCGCGGCGAGGAACGGGCAGUUAAAUUUUACGGUGUUACUUUGUUGAAAGGCCGCGAUUUCGAAACGAACGCAUACAAAUGAAAAAAUUAUUUCUAAUUUCGAUAAUUCAAAAAAAAACGAAAAAAAGAAAAGUGUUUUGAUAUUUUUGAAUUUUUGUAACCCACGCAUUUUUACAUCCGUCUAGUGUAGUGUGUAAGAGAUACUUACGUAGCAUAUACGAAUAAAACUAUUAUGUAUUGAAACCGAGUACGAAAUUCGAUAAUGACAUUUAUUCCAUUUCUUUCGUCGUCACGUUAUUCACGAUUUUCGAUUCGUACACGUUUGUAUGACGAAACGUAUAAUAUUCGCACGGAAAAUUGUGCUCGUGUCCAUUUUCAUUCAAAAUGGGUGCUUCCUGAUACUCUUUGCGGCGCCGGUAAUAUUUUGCGUUUUUGAUUUUUUCAAUCGCUAUUUACUACUAUGUUAUUGUCUGCCGUUCUGAAUUAUCCAUUGAUCGAACUUUGUACCCGAAUCCGGCAAUCCGACGGAGUUUUCAUUAAUUGUUCUAUUCCAUAUUAUUCUCGACCAAGGCAAAUUUCGUUGGAUUGGACUUUGUACCGCUGAUCGCUAAUCGUAAUAAUACGCACUUUGUGGCCAGCGACCGCAUAGUUAUACAGGUGCCCUCCAUGCGCAGUCCUCGAGUGCGAUUAGUGAUUAGUUUAUCCGCCUGAAUUUCACUCAAAUCAUUAUUUUCUAUCGUUACGGAAGAAUAACUUGGGAAAUUGCUUGUAGAAAAGUCGCACGCGAAUAAACAAAUAUAUCCGUAAAAAUCGCUCCGCUCAGAAUCUAAAAUUUAAAACUUUUUGUUUCUUUACGCGGGGGGGGGGGGCUGUUAUUAAGUAUUAACGGCUUUAAAGGCUAGAAUAAACACAGCCCCUCCCUCCCCACCGCGUCCCUGAUGAAAUCUAUGUACGCACGUAUCUACAUAGCUACAUAUAUAUACACACGUCGCGUCUCCGCCAGAUCACUGAACUACGAUCGUAUCGCGUAAUCGUUUCAAUAAUAUUAUUUCGAUUUUACGAGAAUUUAACUACUGAUGCAAUUAGUUUAAAAUUAAUUACACACGGUGUAAAACGAGAGUUUCCGUUUCUUGAAACGGAUAAGAUACGUGUCCAUUUCGUGAACUUAAAUGCGACCCACGCGAUCGCGAUCCGCGGAAAAUGCGAUUACACCAAGCGGACGCGGCAUAUACUACACACAUACAGAGAUUCGUAUCCGCUUAUUUUAACAAUGUAUUCAUAAACUUGAUAGAUACUAAUGUUAAAAAAUUAAAACCACCUCCGAAACCGAAUCCCGGACACGCCGCCUGGAAAUAAUUGUAUUUGUUCUUCCUUCAUCAUCUUUAUGCGGUAACAGGUAAGGCCCCAUUCUCAUUACAGCUCUGCCAGAGUUUUAGCCGUCACGACUAACCACCGACCUCCAAUACAUGUAGUAACUCUUUUUCUCCCAUUCCGUUGUCCGUUCCGAGACCCUCCAGAUCUCGGCACGCUCCGUCCAUUAAUCGCUUUUUCGGCCCAACUCUGGGUCUCCGUAUUCCUGUCGGUUUGUACUCGAUUGCCGCUCUAGCUCCACAUAGGUUUCUUCUAUUUUGUAUAUAUAUAUAUAUAUAGUCGUUCGUUUAUUUUUAGCGUGAAUUAUUAUCGUUAUAAUCAACGUUAUUACAAUGAUUAUCGUGUCCGUAUAAACGGCGUAGAAAAAAAAAAAUGUAAAACACUACAAGGCCGACAACGUUGAUAUUUUGAACCUAAUUUCGUAAAUGUUAAAAACGGCGACGGCAGCUAGUUAUACCAGAAUAAAUACGACUUGUUUUUUUUUUUUCCAUCGCGUUAGGUAUUUAUUAAUAAUUUUCCAUUUGUUUCCAUUAAUAUUUAAUGGACAUUAAUCAUUCGUUCACCGAACCGAACGCUGAUUUAACGCGUCCGCCAAAAUUCGGUCUUGUAAAUAAUACAGAAAUAUCGUUUUUAGGUGAGUGCCGAAAAAAAAAAAAAUAAAUAAAUACACUACGCGGUGAUAUAAUACGAGAAAAUCGCCACCGUGCGCGCGUAAUGGAAUCACGAAACGGAAAUUUUCGGGAACGAUACGUGCGUAUUACAAUACAUAACGCGCAGUAUAUAAUCACACAUAGACACAAUGUGUCGAACAUACCCGCAUAUGCAGGCACACCUAUACUAUACAAUAUAAUACAAUAUUGUACGUAUUGUCAAUAGAAAGAUUCUUCGUUUUGUACUGUCUUUGGGGAAAAAAAAAAAAAAAAAAAAUGAAAAUAAUAAUAAUAAAAAUACCGCAGUCGGUUUAUACGCGGGCAAAAUAUAAAGGCGUGCGGCUCUAUUGUACACAUUCUAUAUAAUUUAAUCGCGUGUGUCGUUGGCGGUCUGUUUUAUUAUUCAUUUUCUAUAAAUGAUCUUUGUUGGGUAUUAAAAUAUUUCUUUUUCGAUUUGGUACAAUAUAAUAUAAAUGCAAUAACUGACGCCGUAUUAUACGCAGGGACGACGUCCUUUUUUUUUUUUUUUUUUUUUUUUUUUCUUGAUAUACCAUCGGCACGACAUAAUACGUUUAAAAAGAAAAGGAGAAAAAAAAAAUAAACGUGCGGGUCCGACAGACCGAUAUUAUUCUCAAAGAUGUGUACCUAUAAUUCUGCAGUGUAUACCAGAGGUUCCCAAACCGUGGGUCACGGUUGUAAUUUCUGUGUGUCGCGUUAUAUUUUUAAAUAUUACAUUUUUUAAACGUCUAUUGAUUUUCGCUGUUGUUCAAAUUCGGUUUUGUCGUCAAUCGUUAUUAGUGAGUGUGACGAUUACGAGUUUACAGCGACCGAGUCGAAACGACGCAAUUAGAUUAAUAGUUAUUGAAAAGAUAAUGGUUUAUCACAGACCACACGAAUUAGCAGGUAUCUGCACGGCGUUCAAAACUUUUGAUAAUUUUCAGUUACUCGCGGUACGUUGAACACGGUACACGUACGCAGUUGUAUAUUUUUAAUAUUAUUUUUUCUCAAAUAAAUUCGUUUUCUUUGUACUUUUGUACAACUAUGGACAAACGGUUAAACAAAUAGUCAUUGACUCAAAGUUAAGAAAAAAACAGAAACAAUAUCUGCGUCGACAGUUAAAAAAAGAAAAUUUGAUUACGACGAGCCUUCAACAAGUUCCUCUGAGUCGAAACAAAAAUAUUCUUUAAGAAAAUAUUGUUCUGAAUAUUUGCGAAUUGGAUUUUCGUGGAACGGGGACGAAUAACACCCGCGUCCGCAAUGUGUUAUUUGUGGAUGUAUUACUUGCAAAUGAUUGUAUGCGACCAAACAAACUACACCGAAACAUAGAUACGAACCAUCCAGAAAUGAAGAAUAAACCACUCGAUUUGUAUGGAAGAAAACUAGAAUCUCUGAAAACAUCAAAAAAUAAUAUUUUUAAUUUUUACUGUUUUUAAAAUAAGUUUACUUAUAAAUUGCUCAGACUGGUAGGCCUCACACAAUUGGCGAGUCUUUAAUUUUACCAUCAAUAAAAGACGCGGUCGCGAUCGCGUUUGAUCAAAAAAGUUUAAAAGAAGUUGAAUGGCUUUCAAAUAAUACAGUUGCGCGUAGAAUCGACGAAAUUUCCGAAUGGGUAGAAUAUGAACUGAUCGAAAGUGUUGAUUUGAGUGCACGGUUCUCAUUGCAACUAGACGAGUCCACCGAUACGCAAGGCUUAUCUCAGACGAUCGUUUUCGUACGUAAAUACGCAUGGACGAAUCGAGGUGACAAAUGUCGGCAAAAAAAGGUUUGUUAUUACCAUAUUUUUUUCGAGUUUCACGUCCAGGUAUGUAUCGCUGCGACGAAAUCGUUUCGUUAUAUCAUUGUACUCGUUGUGGCGAAAACUCUAAAAUGCUAAAACCUUCGUGUGCGUCUGUUGGCCAUCAUAAUGCGCGUCCGCGGACGCGGACGGCCGUUAACGCUACGGAUGAUUACUGUUACUGUACGUUAUUAUUGUUGUAGUCCGAUGGCCGCUAUAAUAAUAUUGUCACUGAAAUCGGGGUUGUCGUUAUUAUUAUUUAUAAACGUAGCCAGGUAACGACCGUUCGUACGUUUCAUUUCCUUUACAAAAACGCAUAGAAAAAUAAUAAUAAUACGGGAAAAAAAGGCAACGGAACGACGACCUGUAUACCAUCCGUAUAAUAAUACAGUCGAAGGGACACGCCGGGUCGGCAUUAUACUGCAGCGUGUAAUACAAUAUUAUUGUAUUGAAGACGACUCGCAGUUCCGCAUUUUAUUUUUAUAUUAAAUGUUAACCCCCGCCGCCGCCCCCCCCCGCUGUGCAUUGUGUGUACAACAUAUUAUGUAUUUAUAAUGUUAGUUUAAUGUGAAAAUACGUCAAGACACGAAUUCCAAUUCGACGUACCGAAGUUGUUCGAAUUAACCAUACAUCGUUACCUCGUCGACUCCUACUACGAUAUAGCGGCCGACGUUCCGGGAGUUACGGACUCCGAAAAAUCUAGUGACGAACGAUGA